AGCUAUCUACUCUCGCCUACAACGCUUCUAGAGCCUCCCGUCCACACGCCCCAGAGUAUCCACCAUCCUCCACAACGCCCCAGAGCCAUCACCAUCCCUGUCCACAACGCCCCAGAGCCAUCCACCAUCCCGUCCAACGCGCUACAUCCACCAUCCUACAACGCCCCAGAGCCAUCCACCAUCCCGUCCACAACGCCCCAGAGCCAUCCCCAUCCCCGCCACGCCCAGAGCUAUCUCAUCCCUACAACGCCCAGAGCCAUCCACCAUCACCCCAACGCCCAGAGCACAUCCACCAUCCCCAGCCAUCCGUCCUACAACGCCCGAGAGCCAUCCACCAUCUCUUUCACCCACAACGCCCCAGAGCCAUCUCACCCUGACAACGCCCCAGAGCCAUCCCAUCCCACAACGCCUAGAGCCAUCCCCGUCCACAACGCCCCAGAGCAUCCACCAUCUCCACAACGCCCCCAGAGCCAUCCACCAUCCACAACGCCCCAGAGCCAUCCCCAUUACAACGCCCCAGAGAAAUCCACCCGCCCCUCCACCGCCCCAGAGCCAUCCACCAUCCCAGUCUACAACGCCCCAGAGCUUCAUCCACCAUCCCGUCCCACAACGCCCCAGAGCCAUCCCCAUCCACAACGCCCUAGACCCAUCCACAUCCCUCGCCAACGCCCCAGAGCCAUCCCCAUCCCCACCAAACGCCCCAGAGCCAUCCACUAUCCCUGCCCUACAACGCCCAAGACCAUCCCCCAUCCACAACGCCCCAGAGCCAUCCACCAUCUCUGUACCCAGACAUCCACUAUCCCCAUCCAUAAGCCUCAGAGCAUCCACAUCCCUAUCCACAACCCCCCAGAGCAUCACCAUCCAUCCACAACGCCCCAGAGCCAUCACCAUCCCUUCUUGCCCCAGAGCCAUCCCCAUCCCAACAACGCCCCAGAGCCAUCCACCAUCCCGCUCCACAACGCCUAG